AGAUUGAAGAGCAUUCUCGUGGCAGAGGCAUCUCGGAUAUCUAAUUCGAUCGGUUGGUAGUUAGCCGUCCGUCGCUCGUGAAGUGCAAUUUUUUUAAAAACAUUUUAAAUUAUUUUUUCAUAUUUGCUAUUUUUCAGUCACCAUGGCUAUUGUACAGCCGAUUGUCGAUUGGUAUACAAAUUUGAUGGCUUCAGGGGAUCCCAGAGUGCAAAACUGGACCUUCAUGCAAGGCCCUGCUCCAACAUUAAGCAUUUGCUUGUCAUAUGUCUUAAUCGUGAAAUGGAUUGGUCCUUACAUAAUGCGAAACAGACCUCCUCUCAACAUGAGGUGGUUGAUGAUAAUCUACAACUUUGUAAUGGUCAUAAUCAGCACUUAUAUAUUCUUAAAAUUGGGUAUCCUAGGAUGGUUUGGAAAGUAUAACUGGAAGUGCCAACCGGUGGAUUACACAGAUAAUCCGGAUGCCACGGCUAUGGCCAACCUAGCUUGGUGGUAUUAUUUGUCCAAGUUCCUGGAGUUUACUGACACUAUCUUCUUCGUUCUAAGGAAGAAAUUCUCCCACAUCUCGACACUUCACGUUAUACACCACGGAAUUAUGCCAAUGAGUGUUUGGUGGGGAGUAAAAUUUACACCAGGUGGUCACAGUACGUUCUUCGCUUUUGUCAACAGUUUGGUCCACAUUGUGAUGUACUUCUAUUAUGGUCUUGCUGCAAUUGGACCUAGCAUGAACAAGUAUUUGUGGUGGAAGAAAUACAUGACAGCAUUCCAAAUGGUUCAAUUCAUUGCCAUUUUCGUCCAUUCCUUCCAAUUGCUCUUUAGAGAAUGCAACUAUCCACGAGGUUUCAUGUGGUGGAUCGGAUUCCAUGCCGUUUUGUUCUGGUUCCUCUUCGCCGAUUUCUACAAGAACACCUACGGCAGGCACAGAGCUGCUAUGAAAGCAAAAGCCGCUCUGAAUGGAUCAGCAGCUUACACAAAUGGCUCCUCCAUGUCAAAUGGCAUCAAAGCUAAUGGCCACUGCAACGGCACUGUGAAGAAUGGCGUUAAUGGAGUAAACGGAGUAAAUGGCGUUAAUGGAGUAAAUGGCGUUAAUGGAGUGAAUGGAGUAGGCAAACAAAAUGGAUAUCACAAGCCUGCAGAGAAUGGCUACACAAACGGAAUCAGCAACGGUCAUUCCAACGGAGUUGUGCACAGGACGACGACAAAAAAGGACUGUGAUGAAUAGCAUUCCUCGGGCACUGUUCCGCCAAGGACUUUGUAUCAGUCCGAUGUCUCGCCAUAAGGCUUAGCACACGAAAUCACUCAUUUACAGUGCCUUUGUACAUUGAACUAGUUGCUUCGUUGUGUAAGUCAUGUGAACGUUAACCAAUAUUUAAUCUUCAUUUGUAUAUGUUUCUGAAAGGGACUUCGUCAGUCGCACUUGAUGCGACUAGACUUGCAAGUACUCCAAACGAGAAUUAAAGUAAGGUUCAGACGCGAGUUUGCAGCCUUUGGCUAGGUACAUAUCUGUUCAGGUUUAAAACCUGUUAAUCGGAGUGCAAUGGCCUCCAUUUGGUGGCUGUCAUCAAAGUCCAGCAUUACUCCCAGGCUGAGAACUCACACAGAGCUUAGGGGGGCUAUAACCGAGGGCCAAUUCAGUCAAAUACAACAUUUCCUUUUCCCUGAGAAUGCAUUACAAUUUCAAUCGGUCAUCGAUUCAACUUUAAGAAUUCUGUUAAAUUUUUUAUCGCUCGAAAGUUACUCUUGACUGUUUCGGUGGCCUUCUGCCGAAGUGGCUUAAACAAUUUUUCCUGCCAGUUCUUCAUUGCAUCUUUAACGGAUUUGUACAAAUUUUAUUUAACAGUAUCAGCAAAAGAAUUUUAACUUUUACACUUCCUAACUAUUCCAAAGAUGUUUUUACAAUAUUUUUUCACAUUUUAAGUAACUCGGAAACUUUAAUUAUGCCAAUCUUGCCUUUUUGAUACGAGUUUCGGCAUAGUCUGGAACUUCGGGACCACGUGAAGCAUCGAACGUAACUUGUACAGUAUUCAUAAACUCCUAGCAAUUGUAUUGCAUUUGAAUUUAAUUGCUUGUAUUUGCCUACAGUGUAAAAUAAAUGUUCAUACUUUGCAUUUCGUUUAUAUGUAUUAAAAAAUUUUAUACAUUA